AAAAAAGGUCUCAGAUUUGAGUUCUUUUAUAUGUAAAAAAUUCACGUUAAAAGAGUUUUAUCCCUUAGUGAAUUGAUUCGUUCUCUCCGGAUUAAUCAAAUAGAUUUUCUAAUAUCAUGGUUAAAAAAAAUGGAAAUAAGAAAAAAUUAGGCAAAAUCAGUCCAUUUUCUCAUUGUGCAAUCGGAGAGCUCGAAAUCAGAAAGCUCCGAUUCACGAACCUCUGAUCAACGAACCUCUGACUGGCGAACCACGUCACCGCACUGUCUCUCUUCUUCUCCGAUCUCUCUCUAUCCUCAAUCUCAGUCCGCUCCAUUGCGAUUCUGCUCGGUGACUCCCAGCUCCGACAGGCGCUGCUCCUUCGCUAUCUACUUUAUUACAAUCGAGCGAUCUUCUUGCAGGCAUCAGCAUCACUACGAAUAUACAUGCAGGUUUUACAAACACCUUGAGAUUGAAGAACCUAUGAUCACUAGAUUUAAGUGCCAAUUACUUGAAGCAAGUUCCGGACUUGGAUGAGCUACCUUCUCUCAAGGACAUUUAUUCACGCAUGAAUAUAAUGGAGCACUUGAAUCAUCUUAAAGGUAAAACAAGCUUGUGUGAAUUCACGGGCCUUUUAUGACCUCCCUCUAUACACUCGGCCUUUCUGAUAACAAUCUCAGAGGUGUCAUUCCACCUGCACUCUUCUCCAGCCUCAGGUCUCUUGAAUAUAUCUCUCUUUCCAGGAACGCUUUUGAAGGGUCUUUUUUUUUUUUGCUUCAUUGGCUAAUAACUAUAAGCUCAAAGUGUUUGAUGUUAGAGACAACAGCCAUAGAUUGAUACUGGAAACAGAGGAUCCUCCACAUGCUUCGUCACAUCAAUUAAUUGAAUUUCGCCUAUCAAAUUGCGUUUUCGACAAACUGCAUGGUUUUGUUCCCAGUUUUCUAAUGCAGCAGCAUGACCUGGUAGUACUUGAACUCAGCUACACCAACUUAGGUGGGCAGUUCUCGAGUUGGUUACUGGAGAAUAACACAAAGCUACAAGGCUUCUAUCUUAUGGCUAACUCUUCUCGGUUAACCUCGAUUUGAAUUAUAGUCUCAUCAAUGAUGAAAUGCUUCUGAUCGAUGUCUCCUCGAAUUCUUUAGGGGGAGAGCUCCCUUCUUACUUUGGCUCCAUCUUUCCGAACUUGAAUUCCCUGAAUAUGUCCAGAAAUUUCCUGCAAGGUAGAAUCCCUUCUUCAAUGUGCCACCCCAGGCAGUUGAUGAUGAUAGACCUGUCGAAUAAUAGAUUCAUAGGAGAGCUCCCUUCUUACUUUGGUUCCAUCUUUCCAAGACUAGAGUAUUUAAACAUGUCCAGGAAUUCCAUCAAAGGUAGAAUUCCUUCCUCACUUUGCCCCACGUCGACCCAAACGUUGCUAUCUGUAGACUUGUCGAGUAACAAAUUCGUAGGAGAGCUACCGGAGCAACUAAUGCGUUGUCAAUCACUAUGGCAGUUGUUUUUGUCAAACAAUAGUUUGAGUGGCCAUGUGCUACCAAGAGCAGCAAAAUUGUCAGGCUUGUCUCAUCUAUCUUUGGCCAAUAAUCGGUUCUCUGGGGAGAUUUCAUCGGGGAUGCUCAAUAGCUCUUUCUUACGUAUGUUAGACUUGAGCAACAACAAAUUUUCAGGGCCUAUACCUAAUUGGAUUGGAGGCUUUCAAGAACUAUCUAUCCUUAUACUGGCAGGUAAUUCCUUCAGGGGCACCUUGCCGUUGAGCUUUUGCAAGUUGGAACUUGAGUACUUGGACCUCUCUGGUAAUGAUCUCGGCCCCAGCAUGCCUUCCUGUGUCAAUGCCUCAGGAAUAACACACUUGCAUUUAGAAAGAAUCAACCUCAGAGGACCAUUACCAGAUUUUCUUCAUGACGCUUCAUCAAUGGUGACAUUAGAUCUUCGCAACAAUGCAUUCUCAGGUGUCAUUCCAUCUUGGCUUGGUUCUCUCUCAGAAUUGAGGGCUCUGUUGUUGGCAGGAAAUAGUUUUGAUGGUCUAAUACCAGAGGAAUUGUGCCAACUUCGCAGUAUAAGCAUGAUGGACCUCUCUCACAAUAAGUUUUCUGGAAGGAUUCCUUCAUGUUUCGAUAAAUUGGCAUUUGGGAAUUAUUCACAAGCUCCCAAUGGAACAUUUCAAAUGCCCAGGGCUCCGUUCCUCCUUCCGUUUAACAACUAUGGUGAGAAAAUACCAAUGCAUAUUUAUCUUGAAAUGCUUGUUCAAGCGAGCAGUCCUGAAGAAGUGGAGUUCACGUCAAAGUACAGACAUGAAUCAUAUACAGGUUUGGUGUUGGAACGCAUGUCCGGGCUGGACCUCUCUUGCAAUAAUCUGUCUGGGUCCAUUCCUCUCCAGGUCGGCUAUUUGGGUGAGAUCCAUUCCCUGAACCUCUCGUACAAUCAUCUGACUGGGUCAAUACCGGUUACAUUCUCUAAUUUAGACCAAAUAGAGUGUCUGGACCUCUCGCACAAUAGUUUAAGUGGCGAGAUACCACUUCAGUUGAUAGAGCUCUAUAGUCUAUCGACAUUCAGCGUCGCUUACAACAAUUUGUCUGGAAGGACACCGGAGCAGAAUAAGCAAUUUGGGACUUUCACAAGAGAGAGUUAUGAAGGUAACCCCUACCUGUGCGGACCGCCGUUGGGAACUUGCAACAGUACGGAGGGAUCAACAUUAGCACCACCACCACCACCACCACCUGCAGAGCAUCAAGAGGACUCCUUCAAAAUUGCCUUCGCAUGGAGCUUUGCAGGAUCAUAUGCCGUGGCAUUCCUCGGAACUGUCUUAUUCCUCUGUCUCAGCUCUCACUACAGGACUCUCUUCUUUAAUUUCCUCUAUAGGCACGUCCCAUACUUUCGUUGACAAGCUUUUCUACGGACUAAAUAAGAGAGAUUCCUGGUAUGGCCUCUCAUACAUAUAUAUGUGUGUGUGUGUGUCUUUUCUAUGUGUAAUUUUAUGUUUCUGAUGUUUUUUUUUACGUAAACCGGUUAUAACUGAUUUUUAAUGGUUCUGUUAUAUUAUGAUUA